AUGGAAAAUGAAUUGGUGUUGGUAACUGUUUACGUCGAUGAUCUUAUAAUUGGAUGUAAGAAUAAAAACCAAGUCUUAGCUGUAAAGCAUUUAUUGGCGAAUGAAUUCCCUGUAACUGAUAAGGGUGUACUACAUCAUUUUCUUGGAAUUGAAAUCGAACGUGUCAAUGAAACUGGCACAAUUUCUAUUUGCCAGUCGCAAUACAUAAAGGAUUUACUCCAGGAGUAUGGGAUGGAAAAUUGUAAGGCCGUUGCAACCCCACUCGAAACUAAUCAUCAGGUAAAUUGUACUGGACAAAACUGCAAGGAAAUACCUCAACGUGAUUACCAAUCCAUAAUUGGAGCCCUCAUGUAUCUUUCGAUAACAACGAGACCUGACAUUCUUCAUUCUGUGGCCAAACUAGCACAGAGAAAUUCGAACCCACAUGAGGAACAUAUGCAAGCUGUGAAAAGAAUAUUACGUUACCUUAAAGGCACGGUUAAUAUGAAACUUGAAUACACGGCGGGUGAAACAUCUAUUGAAGGUUUUGUGGACGCAGAUUGGGGUGGCGAUAACCUUGAUCGGAAAUCAUAUACCGGUUUCGUAUUCUUCAUUGGAAAUUGUCCGGUAUCUUGGCAGUCUAAGAAGCAGUCUUGCGUGGCACUAAGCAGCACAGAAGCGGAAUAUAUGGCCCUGUCAGAGGCGGCGAAAGAGGCAAUUUACUUAAAACGCAUUUUGGAAGAAAUCGGAUAUACAUCAGAUGAUCCCGUCAUGCUCAAUGUUGAUAACCAAGAAUAA